CAGUGAAGUCCAGCCACAGCUCUUCAGAACUUUCUCUGUAUGGAUUACCACUCACUUAACAAUACUUAAACAUUUUUUUGAGAUACUGGAGAUGGCUUACCUUAAAACCUGCACUUUGAGUGUCCUCAUACUCAUUGUCUUUCUCGUGGAGACCGAUGCAGUGCGUUGCUGUCUCAAAUACAGGAGACGGCCUCUAGACUGUCGAUAUCUGAAAGGCUUUGAUAUCCAGAAAAUGACUGGCAGCUGUGAUCUUGCAGCAAUCAUCUUUCAUACAAAGCAUGGAAGAUUAAUCUGCGCUGACCCAAACCAACAUUGGACGCAGGACAGAAUUGAGUGCCUAAGGAUGAAGGCUGCGGAAGUGAAGACUGGUGGUUUUUAAUGCUUUAAGAAUUCCAAAAUGGAGAGGCUCUUCUGGAGAUAUAUAUAUAUAUAUUUAAUUAUUAUUAUUUUGGACUGUUUCCCUCUUUGAUAAAGAGUUCUUAUAUUCUAUAUAUUGGCAUCACUUAUUUGCACUUUCUUGUACAGAGUAUUUAUGAAGGGGGAAAUACAAGGUAACUUUACUAUAGUGUGGAUUUUAAGCCUCUUGUGUUUAUAUAAAGCAAAAUAUUUUUUAGCUCUUUGUAUUGAGCUGUUAACUCACUAAUUCAGUUUACAGUUUUUUUUUUGUUUUUGUUUUUAACUAAUUCAGAUACUAUUUAAAAGUUACCUAUAAAAGCUAAUGUAUUAUGACUUUUAUAUUUGAUAUUGUUCACAAAUGUUUCUUAAGGGUGCAUGUAUUUUUGUCUUUAUUUUGAGUUAUGAUUUGACUAACCCUUUGGUUAGACAUUGAUGCCCUCUACUGUCAAAGCUAUGCCAAUAUGAUAAAGUAGGAAAUGUUUUUCCAUCCUUAAAAAUGUAAUAAACAUUUUAUACAAUUGUAUAGAAAAGUAGUUUUUGUUUUAUAUUACAUUUCUCUUAUAUGUAUUUUUAAAUAAAGGUCCUUAAUUUCA